CCCGAAGUUACGACGACACAACUGUAAAAGAAAGAACAGUGAGAGAGUAAGGCAAUUUUAAAAAAGUACAAAGUGCUUUUAAACCACGUGGAGAAAACGGAGAAAAAGAAAGUUUCCAAACUUUCAAAGAACACGUUUUCGGCAGUAUUGGCUGUGGGAAAAAAAAAAAAAAAACCUUUUCGGGGCUGUGGAAGAAAGACGUGGACAUCAAAAGAUGCUCAUGCCAAGGUGUUAAAAAUUUGGAAGCAGGACCUACUCCCAGAAAACAAAGACAAGAGUGAGAUAGAGUGUCAGGUUGUGCAUGAGCAACCUGGAAAAGAAACUAGAGCUGAUUUAACCCAUUCCAGCAGCCAGGGGAAGGAGAAACAAAACUUGACAUGGCUGAUGAUGAGGACACAAGGGAAGUCCUCUUCCCACAGUGGAUGGGCCCUGAUAAACAUGGACUUAAAAUAGAGCAAAAAGGUCAAGGAGAGAUUUUCAUCAAAGAAGUGACAGAAGAAUCCCCUGCAUCUCACACUGGGAGAGUAUUUGAAGGUGAUCAAAUUGUUGGUGCCACAAUUUAUUUUGAGAAUAUGAGCUCUGAAGAAACAGCUGAGUUAUUGAAGACUCUUAACCGACACAAGGUUGGACUAAAACUUCAACACAAGACAGGAGAUAAAUCUCCUUGUCGUUCUCCCAUGGGUACUUUGUCAUGGGAAGGACAAGGUGGAUUUGGAGGCUCUAGUCCUGACAUCAUUCUAAGUGGGGAUGAUGAGGACUACAGAAGAAUCUACACUAAGAAAAUUAAGCCCAGGCUGAAGUCUGAGGACCUUGCAGAAGGAGUUGAUGUUCGCACAGAACGUCACAGCAGCACCAGCAGUGAUGGCAGCACCAUUACUACCAUUACUCGUCGCAUCACAACUUACACUGUGGACAUACCAGGUGGACCUGGCAAGCAACAGAUUGAUAUUUCAAGCCCAGAAUUCAAAUAUUUUUCACAGCAUGAGCAAUUAGAAGGAGGCUCUGCUCAGAUCAGAUUACCACAUGGCAGUGUUAUAAGCAAGGUUGGUGCAGCAGAGGGAGGUGAUAUGGGGGAAGUUAGAUUCAGAGAUCCAGAGGACACUGGCACCUCUGAGAAGCACUGGAGUUCAGGGCAUGUCAAAACCACAAUUAUAAGAGGGACAGAAGGGAGUGGGAAGGAAAGGACAUUUAAUAUGUCUGACACUGGAUAUGAGGCAAGAGCAGGGGAAGGGGAAGUGAGGCCUUCUAGAUGGAGUGAGCUUGAGGGUAAUUCAAAAAGCAUGGAUGCUUUCACUGCAGACAUGAGUACAGGUAUGGAGUUAGAAAAAGAUGUAAGUCAUGUUAACAAAAUUGACCAGCAUUUGAAAGAAACUGGAAAAGAACCAGCAUUUAGCAUUAGUAUGAACACAGAAGAUGUAAUGAUUCCACACUCAAACAAACAUGAAAUUGUUAUUUCCAGGCCAGAUACUGAAGCUGCACUAAAAGAUUCAAAUGUGAAAGGAGGAACUGAAUUUGUUUCAGUGUUUUCCACAAAAGUGAGAACAUUGGACAGCACAACAGCAGGAAAAGGCAUGGAAACAUCACAUUCCGGUGACGUAAAGCUCUCAAAACUAAGCACAGAUGUACAUGGGUUCACAGUAGAAGGUAACAUUAAAACACCAAGGGCAGAAACUGCAGAUCUGGAUGUAUCAGUUCCAAAGGGAAUUGAUGACUUAGUUUCAAAAAAAGCGGAUAUGAAGAUGCCGUUUGAAUGUAAAGGUCUGAAGGUAGAGGACCCAGGAGUAGUUAAUGUAAACCUUCCCAAAGCUGAAAAUCAAAAAAAAGGUUUAGAAACUGAUAUCAAGUUAUCAGAACAUGAUAGUGAAGAAAGUAAUGGAAAAAUCAAAAUUUUGAUACCAUCUGUCACUAACACAAAGAUUUCCAUGCCUGAUGUGGACAUGAACAUAAAGUGUCCAAAUAUCAAAGAUGAUACAGAUGCCUCAGUACCAAGAGCUGAAGAGAAUGUAAAAAUGCCUAAAGCAGACAUUAAGGCUGAAAGGGUUGAUACUCAGGGACUUCAAGAAGGAAUCAAGAUGCCAAAAGUAGAUAUCAGUACACAACAUAGUGAAAUUGAGGGACCUGGGGGAAAAAAGAGGGGUCAUCAAUGUAAGCUACCAUCUGUCUCUGAUCCAAAGAUCUCUAUGCCUGAUGUGGAUUACAAUGUCAAAGGCCCUAAAACAAAAGGGGAUGAUGUUUCUUUUUCAAAGAUAGAAGGGAUGAUUAAGGUGACAAAAGGAGAUGCAGCUUUUCCACAGGCUGAUACUGAUGGGCCUGAUGUAGGAUACAAAUUCCCAAAAAUGGAAAUGCCUUCAUUUGGACAUAAGGGUCCAAAGACUAAGGGUUCUGAUCUGGAUGCAAGUUAUACAAAGGCUGAAGCUAACAUAAAAGCACCAGCUGAAGGGGCUCUCAAAGCACAUAAAGUAGACCUUAAAGGUUCAAAUGUGAAAGGCCUUCAGAUGGAUGUAAGUCUUCCCCAUUGUGAUGUUGAUGUGAAAGAACCAGCAAUAGAUAUCAAGGCCAAAGAAUGUGAAAUUGAGGGAUCUGAAGGAAAAGUGAAGGGUCCAAAAUGCAAUAUCCCUUCACUUUCUGGUCCAGAGAUUUCUAUGCUUGAUAUGGACUAUAAAGUGAAAGAGCAUAAAGUAAAAACGGCUGUAGAUGUUUCAGUUGCAGAGACUAAAGGAGAAAUCAAUGUACAAAAAGCUGAGACUGAAGGGCCAGAGCUUGACACUGAAGGCCCUAAUGCAGGCUGUAAAAUACCUAAAAUCAAAGUGCGAUCAAUUGGAUUCAAAAGCCCUCUGAUGGAAGGCGCUGAUGCUGAUGUAAAUAUUUCAAAAUGGGACACAGAUGGAAAAGAAGCUAUGACUGACAUCAAAAGGGCAGAUACUGAUGUUGAAGGACCAGAAGAACACAUCAAGGGGCCCAAAUCCAAAAUGCACAUCAUAUCUGGUCCAAAACUCUCAAUGACUGAUGUGGAUUUCAAUAUUAAAGGUCCUAAACUAAAAACUGAUGUAGACAUCUCAGGUCCAAAGAUUGAAGAUGACAUACAAAAGCCAAAAGUUGACAUUAAGUGUCCAGAUGUUAAAAUUGAGGGAACAAAGGGAGGGGUUAAAAUGCCCAAAUUUAAAAUGCCUACAUUUGGAUUCAAGGGGCCAAAGGCAGAGGGCGCUGAUGUUGAUAUAACCAUACCGAAAGGUGAUAUUGAUGUUAAAGGCCCUAAGAUUGAACUUAAAGGUCCAGAUAUGGAGGUUGGAGGACCAGAAGGAAACAUCAAGGGUCCCAAACUCAAAAUGCCCAGUAUAUCUGAUCCAAAACUCUCUAUGCCUGAUGUGGAUUUAAACAUUAAAGGUCCAAAACUAAAAACUGACGUAGACAUCUCAGGUCCCAAAAUUGAAGGCGACAUACAAUUGCCGAAAGUUGACAUUGAAUGUCCAGAUGUUAACAUUGAGGGACCAAAGGGAGGGGUUAAAAUGCCCAAAAUGAAAAUGCCUUCAUUUGGAUUCAAGGGGCCAAAGGUGGAGGGCCCAGAUGUUGAUAUAACGCUACCACAAGGUGACAUUGAUGUUAAAGGCCCUAAGAUAGAUGUUAAAGGCCCAGAUAUGGAUGUUGAAGGACCAGAAGGAAACAUCAAGGGUCCCAAAUUCAAAAUGCCCACCAUAUCUGGUCCAAAACUCUCUAUGCCUGAUGUGGAUUUCAACAUUAAAGGUCCAAAACUAAAAACUGAUGUAGACAUCUCAGGUCCCAAAAUUGAAGGCGACAUGCAAUUGCCGAAAGUUGAUAUUGAGUGUCCAGAUGUUAACAUUGAGGGAUCAAAGGGAGGGGUUAAAAUGCCCAAAAUGAAAAUGCCUUCAUUUGGAUUCAAGGGGCCAAAGGCAGAAGGCCCUGAUGUUGAUAUAACCCUACCAAAAGGUGACAUUGAUGUUAAAGGCCCUAAGAUAGACCUUAAAGGCCCAGAUAUGGAUUUUGAAGGACCAGAAGGAAAUAUCAAGGGUCCCAAAUUCAAAAUGCCCACCAUUUCUGGGCCAAAACUCUCUAUGCCUGAUCUGGAUUUCAACAUUAAAGGUCCUAAACUAAAAACUGAUGUAGACGUCUCAGUUCCAAAGAUUGAAGGCGACAUGCAAUUGCCGAAAGUUGACAUUGAGUGUCCAGAUGUUAACAUUGAGGGACCAAAGGGAGGGGUUAAAAUGCCCAAAAUUAAAAUGCCUUCAUUUGGAUUCAAGGGGCCAAAGGCAGAGGGCCCUGAAGUUGAUAUAACCCUACCAAAAGGUGACAUUGAUGUUAAAGGCCCUAAGAUUGACCUUAAAGGCCCAGAUAUGGAUGUUGAAGGACCAGAAGGAAAUAUCAAGGGUCCCAAAUUCAAAAUGCCCACCAUUUCUGGGCCAAAACUCUCUAUGCCUGAUCUGGAUUUCAACAUUAAAGGUCCAAAACUAAAAACUGAUGUAGACGUCUCAGUUCCAAAGAUUGAAGGCAACAUGCAAUUGCCGAAAGUUGACAUUGAGUGUCCAGAUGUUAACAUUGAGGGACCAAAGGGAGGGGUUAAAAUGCCCAAAAUGAAAAUGCCUUCAUUUGGAUUCAAGGGGCCAAAGGCGGAGGGCCCAGAUGUUGAUAUAACCCUACCAAAAGGUGACAUUGAUGUUAAAAGCCCUAAGAUUGACCUUAAAGGCCCAGAUAUGGAUGUUGAAGGACCAGAAGGAAACAUCAAGGGUCCCAAAUUCAAAAUGCCCACAAUAUCUGGUCCAAAACUCUCUAUGCCUGAUGUGGAUUUCAACAUUAAAGGUCCAAAACUAAAAAGCGAUGUAGACAUCUCAGUUCCAAAGAUUGAAGGCGACAUGCAAUUGCCGAAAGUUGACAUUGAGUGUCCAGAUGUUAACAUUGAGGGACCAAAGGGAGGGGUUAAAAUGCCCAAAAUGAAAAUGCCUUCAUUUGGAUUCAAGGGGCCAAAGGCCGAGGGCCCAGAUUUUGAUAUAACCCUACCAAAAGGUGACAUUGAUGUUAAAGGCCCUAAGAUAGACCUUAAAGGCCCAGAUAUGGAUUUUGAAGGACCAGAAGGAAACAUCAAGGGUCCCAAAUUCAAAAUGCCCACCUUAUCUGGUCCAAAACUCUCUAUGCCUGAUGUGGAUUUCAACAUUAAAGGUCCUAAACUAAAAACAGAUGUAGACAUCUCAGGUCCCAAGAUUGAAGGCGACAUGCAAUUGCCGAAAGUUGACAUUGAGUGUCCAGAUGUUAACAUUGAGGGACCAAAGGGAGGGGUUAAAAUGCCCAAAAUUAAAAUGCCUUCAUUUGGAUUCAAGGGGCCAAAGGCAGAGGGCCCUGAAGUUGAUAUAACCCUACCAAAAGGUGACAUUGAUGUUAAAGGCCCUAAGAUUGACCUUAAAGGCCCAGAUAUGGAUGUUGAAGGACCAGAAGGAAAUAUCAAGGGUCCCAAAUUCAAAAUGCCCACCAUUUCUGGGCCAAAACUCUCUAUGCCUGAUCUGGAUUUCAACAUUAAAGGUCCAAAACUAAAAACUGAUGUAGACGUCUCAGUUCCAAAGAUUGAAGGCGACAUGCAAUUGCCGAAAGUUGACAUUGAGUGUCCAGAUGUUAACAUUGAGGGACCAAAGGGAGGGGUUAAAAUGCCCAAAAUGAAAAUGCCUUCAUUUGGAUUCAAGGGGCCAAAGGCCGAGGGCCCAGAUUUUGAUAUAACCCUACCAAAAGGUGACAUUGAUGUUAAAGGCCCUAAGAUAGACCUUAAAGGCCCAGAUAUGGAUUUUGAAGGACCAGAAGGAAACAUCAAGGGUCCCAAAUUCAAAAUGCCCACCUUAUCUGGUCCAAAACUCUCUAUGCCUGAUGUGGAUUUCAACAUUAAAGGUCCUAAACUAAAAACAGAUGUAGACAUCUCAGGUCCCAAGAUUGAAGGCGACAUGCAAUUGCCGAAAGUUGACAUUGAGUGUCCAGAUGUUAACAUUGAGGGACCAAAGGGAGGGGUUAAAAUGCCCAAAAUUAAAAUGCCUUCAUUUGGAUUCAAAGGGCCAAAGGCAGAGGGUCCUAAAGUUGAUAUAACCCUACCAAAAGGUGACAUUGAUGUUAAAGGCCCUAAGAUUGACCUUAAAGGCCCAGAUAUGGAUGUUGAAGGACCAGAAGGAAAUAUCAAGGGUCCCAAAUUCAAAAUGCCCACCAUUUCUGGGCCAAAACUCUCUAUGCCUGAUCUGGAUUUCAACAUUAAAGGUCCAAAACUAAAAACUGAUGUAGACGUCUCAGUUCCAAAGAUUGAAGGCGACAUGCAAUUGCCGAAAGUUGACAUUGAGUGUCCAGAUGUUAACAUUGAGGGACCAAAGGGAGGGGUUAAAAUGCCCAAAAUGAAAAUGCCUUCAUUUGGAUUCAAGGGGCCAAAGGCGGAGGGCCCAGAUUUUGAUAUAACCCUACCAAAAGGUGACAUUGAUGUUAAAGGCCCUAAGAUUGACCUUAAAGGCCCAGAUAUGGAUGUUGAAGGACCAGAAGGAAAUAUCAAGGGUCCCAAAUUCAAAAUGCCCACCAUUUCUGGGCCAAAACUCUCUAUGCCUGAUCUGGAUUUCAACAUUAAAGGUCCAAAACUAAAAACUGAUGUAGACGUCUCAGUUCCAAAGAUUGAAGGCGACAUGCAAUUGCCGAAAGUUGACAUUGAGUGUCCAGAUGUUAACAUUGAGGGACCAAAGGGAGGGGUUAAAAUGCCCAAAAUGAAAAUGCCUUCAUUUGGAUUCAAGGGGCCAAAGGCGGAGGGCCCAGAUGUUGAUAUAACCCUACCAAAAGGUGACAUUGAUGUUAAAAGCCCUAAGAUUGACCUUAAAGGCCCAGAUAUGGAUGUUGAAGGACCAGAAGGAAACAUCAAGGGUCCCAAAUUCAAAAUGCCCACCAUAUCUGGUCCAAAACUCUCUAUGCCUGAUGUGGAUUUCAACAUGAAAGGUCCAAAACUAAAAACCGAUGUAGACAUCUCAGUUCCAAAGAUUGAAGGCGACAUGCAAUUGCCGAAAGUUGACAUUGAGUGUCCAGAUGUUAACAUUGAGGGACCAAAGGGAGGGGUUAAAAUGCCCAAAAUUAAAAUGCCUUCAUUUGGAUUCAAGGGGCCAAAGGCAGAGGGCCCUGAAGUUGAUAUAACCCUACCAAAAGGUGACAUUGAUGUUAAAGGCCCUAAGAUUGACCUUAAAGGCCCAGAUAUGGAUGUUGAAGGACCAGAAGGAAAUAUCAAGGGUCCCAAAUUCAAAAUGCCCACCAUUUCUGGGCCAAAACUCUCUAUGCCUGAUCUGGAUUUCAACAUUAAAGGUCCAAAACUAAAAACUGAUGUAGACGUCUCAGUUCCAAAGAUUGAAGGCGACAUGCAAUUGCCGAAAGUUGACAUUGAGUGUCCAGAUGUUAACAUUGAGGGACCAAAGGGAGGGGUUAAAAUGCCCAAAAUGAAAAUGCCUUCAUUUGGAUUCAAGGGGCCAAAGGCGGAGGGCCCAGAUGUUGAUAUCACCCUACCAAAAGGUGACAUUGAUGUUAAAAGCCCUAAGAUUGACCUAAAAGGCCCAGAUAUGGAUGUUGAAGGACCAGAAGGAAACCUCAAGGGUCCCAAAUUCAAAAUGCCCACAAUAUCUGGUCCAAAACUCUCUAUGCCUGAUGUGGAUUUCAACAUUAAAGGUCCUAAACUAAAAACAGAUGUAGACAUCUCAGGUCCCAAGAUUGAAGGCGACAUGCAAUUGCCGAAAGUUGACAUUGAGUGUCCAGAUGUUAACAUUGAGGGACCAAAGGGAGGGGUUAAAAUGCCCAAAAUGAAAAUGCCUUCAUUUGGAUUCAAGGGGCCAAAGGCAGAGGGCCCUGAUGUUGAUAUAACCCUACCAAAAGGUGACAUUGAUGUUAAAGGCCCUAAGAUUGACCUUAAAGGCCCAGAUAUGGAUUUUGAAGGACCAGAAGGAAACAUCAAGGGUCCCAAAUUCAAAAUGCCCACCAUAUCUGGUCCAAAACUCUCUAUGCCUGAUGUGGAUUUCAACAUUAAAGGUCCUAAACUAAAAACAGAUGUAGACAUCUCAAGUCCCAAGAUUGAAGGCGACAUGCAAUUGCCGAAAGUUGACAUUGAGUGUCCAGAUGUUAACAUUGAGGGACCAAAGGGAGGGGUUAAAAUGCCCAAAAUGAAAAUGCCUUCAUUUGGAUUCAAGGGGCCAAAGUCCGAGGGCCCUGAUGUUGAUAUAACCCUACCAAAAGGUGACAUUGAUGUUAAAGGCCCUAAGAUAGACCUUAAAGGCCCAGAUAUGGAUUUUGAAGGACCAGAAGGAAACAUCAAGGGUCCCAAAUUCAAAAUGCCCACCUUAUCUGGUCCAAAACUCUCUAUGCCUGAUGUGGAUUUCAACAUUAAAGGUCCUAAACUAAAAACAGAUGUAGACAUCACAGGUCCCAAGAUUGAAGGCGACAUGCAAUUGCCGAAAGUUGACAUUGAGUGUCCAGAUGUUAACAUUGAGGCACUAAAGCGAGGGGUUAAAAUGCCCAAAAUGAAAAUGCCUUCAUUUGGAUUCAAGGGGCCAAAGGCAGAUGGCCCUGAAGUUGAUAUAACCCUACCAAAAGGUGACAUUGAUGUUAAAGGCCCUAAGAUUGACCUUAAAGGCCCAGAUAUGGAUGUUGAAGGACCAGAAGGAAAUAUCAAGGGUCCCAAAUUCAAAAUGCCCACCAUUUCUGGUCCAAAACUCUCUAUGCCUGAUCUGGAUUUCAACAUUAAAGGUCCAAAACUAAAAACUGAUGUAGACGUCUCAGUUCCAAAGAUUGAAGGCGACAUGCAAUUGCCGAAAGUUGACAUUGAGUGUCCAGAUGUUAACAUUGAGGGACCAAAGGGAGGGGUUAAAAUGCCCAAAAUGAAAAUGCCUUCAUUUGGAUUCAAGGGGCCAAAGGCCGAGGGCCCUGAUGUUGAUAUAACCCUACCAAAAGGUGACAUUGAUGUUAAAGGCCCUAAGAUAGACCUUAAAGGCCCAGAUAUGGAUUUUGAAGGACCAGAAGGAAACAUCAAGGGUCCCAAAUUCAAAAUGCCCACCAUUUCUGGUCCAAAACUCUCUAUGCCUGAUCUGGAUUUCAACAUUAAAGGUCCAAAACUAAAAACUGAUGUAGACGUCUCAGUUCCAAAGAUUGAAGGCGACAUGCAAUUGCCGAAAGUUGACAUUGAGUGUCCAGAUGUUAACAUUGAGGGACCAAAGGGAGGGGUUAAAAUGCCCAAAAUGAAAAUGCCUUCAUUUGGAUUCAAGGGGCCAAAGGCCGAGGGCCCUGAUGUUGAUAUAACCCUACCAAAAGGUGACAUUGAUGUUAAAGGCCCUAAGAUAGACCUUAAAGGCCCAGAUAUGGAUUUUGAAGGACCAGAAGGAAACAUCAAGGGUCCCAAAUUCAAAAUGCCCACCAUAUCUGGUCCCAAACUCUCUAUGCCUGAUGUGGAUUUCAACAUUAAAGGUCCUAAACUAAAAACAGAUGUAGACAUCUCAGGUCCCAAGAUUGAAGGCGACAUGCAAUUGCCGAAAGUUGACAUUGAGUGUCCAGAUGUUAACAUUGAGGGACCAAAGGGAGGGGUUAAAAUGCCCAAAAUGAAAAUGCCUUCAUUUGGAUUCAAGGGGCCAAAGGCCGAGGGCCCAGAUUUUGAUAUAACCCUACCAAAAGGUGACAUUGAUGUUAAAGGCCCUAAGAUAGACCUUAAAGGCCCAGAUAUGGAUUUUGAAGGACCAGAAGGAAACAUAAAGGGUCCCAAAUUCAAAAUGCCCACCUUAUCUGGUCCAAAACUCUCUAUGCCUGAUGUGGAUUUCAACAUUAAAGGUCCUAAACUAAAAACUGAUGUAGACGUCUCAGUUCCAAAGAUUGAAGGCGACAUGCAAUUGCCGAAAGUUGACAUUGAGUGUCCAGAUGUUAACAUUGAGGGACCAAAGGGAGGGGUUAAAAUGCCCAAAAUGAAAAUGCCUUCAUUUGGAUUCAAGGGGCCAAAGGCAGACGGGCCUGAAGUUGAUAUAACCCUACCAAAAGGUGACAUUGAUGUUAAAGGCCCUAAGAUUGACCUUAAAGGCCCAGAUAUGGAUGUUGAAGGACCAGAAGGAAAUAUCAAGGGUCCCAAAUUCAAAAUGCCCACCAUUUCUGGUCCAAAACUCUCUAUGCCUGAUCUGGAUUUCAACAUUAAAGGUCCAAAACUAAAAACUGAUGCAGACGUCUCAGUUCCAAAGAUUGAAGGCGACAUGCAAUUGCCGAAAGUUGACAUUGAGUGUCCAGAGGUUAACAUUGAGGGACCAAAGGGAGGGGUUAAAAUGCCCAAAAUGAAAAUGCCUUCAUUUGGAUUCAAGGGGCCAAAGGCCGAGGGCCCUGAUGUUGAUAUCACCCUACCAAAAGGUGACAUUGAUGUUAAAGGCCCUAAGAUAGACCUUAAAGGCCCAGAUAUGGAUUUUGAAGGACCAGAAGGAAACAUCAAGGGUCCCAAAUUCAAAAUGCCCACCUUAUCUGGUCCAGAACUCUCUAUGCCUGAUGUGGAUUUCAACAUUAAAGGUCCUAAACUAAAAACAGAUGUAGACAUCUCAUGUCCCAAGAUUGAAGGUGACAUGCAAUUGCCGAAAGUUGACAUUGAGUGUCCAGAUGUUAACAUUGAGGGACCAAAGGGAGGGGUUAAAAUGCCCAAAAUGAAAAUGCCUUCAUUUGGAUUCAAGGGGCCAAAGGCGGAGGGCCCAGAUGUUGAUAUAACCCUACCAAAAGGUGACAUUGAUGUUAAAGGCCCUAAGAUUGACCUUAAAGGCCCAGAAAUGGAUGUUGAAGGACCAGAAGGAAAUAUCAAGGGUCCCAAAUUCAAAAUGCCGACCAUUUCUGGUCCUAAACUCUCUAUGCCUGAUCUGGAUUUCAACAUUAAAGGUCCAAAACUAAAAACUGAUGUAGACGUCUCAGUUCCAAAGAUUGAAGGCGACAUGCAAUUGCCGAAAGUUGACAUUGAGUGUCCAGAUGUUAACAUUGAGGGACCAAAGGGAGGGGUUAAAAUGCCCAAAAUGAAAAUGCCUUCAUUUGGAUUCAAGGGGCCAAAGGCAGACGGCCCUGAAGUUGAUAUAACCCUACCAAAAGGUGACAUUGAUGUUAAAGGCCCUAAGAUUGACCUUAAAGGCCCAGAUAUGGAUGUUGAAGGACCAGAAGGAAAUAUCAAGGGUCCCAAAUUCAAAAUGCCCACCAUUUCUGGUCCAAAACUCUCUAUGCCUGAUCUGGAUUUCAACAUUAAAGGUCCAAAACUAAAAACUGAUGCAGACGUCUCAGUUCCAAAGAUUGAAGGCGACAUGCAAUUGCCGAAAGUUGACAUUGAGUGUCCAGAUGUUAACAUUGAGGGACCAAAGGGAGGGGUUAAAAUGCCCAAAAUGAAAAUGCCUUCAUUUGGAUUCAAGGGGCCAAAGGCCGAGGGCCCUGAUGUUGAUAUAACCCUACCAAAAGGUGACAUUGAUGUUAAAGGCCCUAAGAUAGACCUUAAAGGCCCAGAUAUGGAUUUUGAAGGACCAGAAGGAAACAUCAAGGGUCCCAAAUUCAAAAUGCCCACCUUAUCUGGUCCAAAACUCUCUAUGCCUGAUGUGGAUUUCAACAUUAAAGGUCCUAAACUAAAAACAGAUGUAGACAUCUCAUGUCCCAAGAUUGAAGGUGACAUGCAAUUGCCGAAAGUUGACAUUGAGUGUCCAGAUGUUAACAUUGAGGGACCAAAGGGAGGGGUUAAAAUGCCCAAAAUGAAAAUGCCUUCAUUUGGAUUCAAGGGGCCAAAGGCGGAGGGCCCAGAUGUUGAUAUAACCCUACCAAAAGGUGACAUUGAUGUUAAAGGCCCUAAGAUUGACCUUAAAGGCCCAGAAAUGGAUGUUGAAGGACCAGAAGGAAAUAUCAAGGGUCCCAAAUUCAAAAUGCCCACCAUUUCUGGUCCAAAACUCUCUAUGCCUGAUCUGGAUUUCAACAUUAAAGGUCCAAAACUAAAAACUGAUGUAGACGUCUCAGUUCCAAAGAUUGAAGGCGACAUGCAAUUGCCGAAAGUUGACAUUGAGUGUCCAGAUGUUAACAUUGAGGGACCAAAGGGAGGGGUUAAAAUGCCCAAAAUGAAAAUGCCUUCAUUUGGAUUCAAGGGGCCAAAGGCAGAGGGCCCAGAUUUUGAUAUAACCCUACCAAAAGGUGACAUUGAUGUUAAAAGCCCUAAGAUUGACCUUAAAGGCCCAGAUAUGGAUGUUGAAGGACCAGAAGGAAACAUCAAGGGUCCCAAAUUCAAAAUGCCCACAAUAUCUGGUCCAAAACUCUCUAUGCCUGAUGUGGAUUUCAACAUUAAAGGUCCUAAACUAAAAACUGAUGUAGGCAUCUCAAGUCCCAAGAUUGAAGGCGACAUGCAAUUGCCGAAAGUUGAUAUUGAGUGUCCAGAUGUUAACAUUGAGGGACCAAAGGGAGGGUUUAAAAUGCCCAAAAUUAAAAUGCCUUCAUUUGGAUUCAAGGGACCAAAGGCAGAGGGCCCUGAAGUUGAUAUAACCCUACCAAAAGGUGACAUUGAUGUUAAAGGCCCUAAGAUAGACCUUAAAGGCCCAGAUAUGAAUGUUGAAGGACCAGAAGGAAACAUCAAGGGUCCCAAAUUCAAAAUGCCCACAAUAUCUGGUCCAAAACUUUCUAUGCCUGAUCUGGAUUUCAAAAUUAAAGGUCCAAAACUAAAAACCGAUGUAGACGUCACAGUUCCAAAGAUUGAAGGCGACAUGCAAUUGCCAAAGGUUGACAUUGAGUGUCCAGAUGUUAACAUUGAGGGACCAAAGGGAGGGGUUAAAAUGCCCAAAAUGAAAAUGCCUUCAUUUGGAUUUAAGGGGCCAAAGGCCGAGGGCCCUGAUGUUGAUAUAACCCUACCAAAAGGUGACAUUGAUGUUAAAGGCCCUAAGAUAGACCUUAAAGGCCCAGAUAUGGAUGUUGAAGGACCAGAAGGAAACAUCAAGGGUCCCAAAUUCAAAAUGCCCACAAUAUCUGGUCCAAAACUCUCUAUGCCUGAUGUGGAUUUCAACAUUAAAGGUCCUAAACUAAAAACUGAUGUAGACAUCUCAAGUCCCAAGAUUGAAGGCGACAUGCAAUUGCCGAAAGUUGAUAUUGAGUGUCCAGAUGUUAACAUUGAGGGACCAAAGGGAGGGAUUAAAAUGCCCAAAAUUAAAAUGCCUUCAUUUGGAUUCAAGGGGCCAAAGGCAGAGGGCCCUGAAGUUGAAAUAACACUACCAAAAGGUGACAUUGAUGUUAAAAGCCCUAAGAUUGACCUUACAUGCCCAGAUAUGGAUGUUGAAGGAGCAGAAGGAAAUAUCAAGGGUCCCAAAUUCAAAAUGCCCACCAUAUCUGGUCCAAAACUCUCUAUGCCUGAUCUGGAUUUCAACAUUAAAGGUCCAAAAUUAAAAACCGAUGUAGAUGUCUCAGUUCCAAAGAUUGAAGGCGACAUGCAACUGCCGAAAGUUGACAUUGAGUGUCCAGAUGUUAACAUUGAGGGACCAAAGGGAGGGGUUAAAAUGCCCAAAAUGAAAAUGCCUUCAUUUGGAUUCAAGGGGCCAAAGGCAGAGGGCCCUGAUGUUGAUAUAACCCUACCAAAAGGUGACAUUGAUGUUAAAGGCCCUAAGAUAGACCUUAAAGGCCCAGAUAUAGAUUUUGAAGGACCAGAAGGAAACCUCAAGGGUCCCAAAUUCAAAAUGCCCACAAUAUCUGGUCCAAAACUCUCUAUGCCUGAUGUGGAUUUCAACAUUAAAGGUCCUAAACUAAAGACUGAUGUAGACAUCUCAGGUCCCAAGAUUGAAGGCGACAUGCACUUGCCGAAAGUUGACAUUGAGUGUCCAGAUGUUAACAUUGAGGGACCAAAGGGAGGAGUAAAAAUGCCCAAAAUGAAAAUGCCUUCAUUUGGAUUCAAGGGGCCAAAGGCGGAGGGCCCUGAUGUUGAUAUAACCCUACCAAAAGGUGACAUUGAUGUUAAAGGCCCUAAGAUUGACCUUAAAGGCCCAGAUAUGGAUUUUGAAGGACCAGAAGGAAAUAUCAAGGGUCCCAAAUUCAAAAUGCCCACCAUAUCUGGUCCAAAACUCUCUAUGCCUGAUCUGGAUUUCAACAUUAAAGGUCCAAAACUAAAAACUGAUGUAGACAUCUCAGGUCCCAAGAUUGAAGGCGACAUGCAAUUGCCCAAAGUUGACAUUGAGUGUCCAGAUGUUAACAUUGAGGGACCAAAGGGAGGGAUUAAAAUGCCCAAAAUGAAAAUGCCUUCAUUUGGAUUCAAGGGGCCAAAGGCAGAGGGCCCUGAUGUUGAUAUAACCCUACCAAAAGGUGACAUUGAUGUUAAAGGCCCUAAGAUAGACCUUAAAGGCCCAGAUAUAGAUUUUGAAGGACCAGAAGGAAACCUCAAGGGUCCCAAAUUCAAAAUGCCCACCAUAUCUGGUCCAAAACUCUCUAUGCCUGAUCUGGAUUUCAACAUUAAAGGUCCAAAACUAAAAACUGAUGUAGACGUCUCAGUUCCAAAGAUUGAAGGUGACAUUAAAUUGCCAGAAGUUGAUAUUGAUUGUCCAGAUGUUAACAUUGAGGGACCAAAGGGAGGGGUUAAAAUGCCCAAAAUUAAAAUGCCUUCAUUUGGAUUCAAGGGGCCAAAGGCAGAGGGCCCUGAAGUUGAUAUAACCCUACCAAAAGGUGACAUUGAUGUUAAAGGCCCUAAGAUUGACCUUAAAGGCCCAGAUAUGGAUGUUGAAGGACCAGAAGGAAAUAUCAAGGGUCCUAAAUUCAAAAUGCCCACCAUAUCUGGUCCAAAACUCUCUAUGCCUGAUCUGGAUUUCAACAUUAAAGGUCCAAAACUAAAAACCGAUGUAGACAUCUCAGGUCCCAAGAUUGAAGGCGACAUGCAAUUGCCGAAAGUUGAUAUUGAGUGUCCAGAUGUUAACAUUGAGGGACCAAAGGGAGGUGUUAAAAUGCCCAAAAUUAAAAUGCCUUCAUUUGGAUUCAAGGGGCCAAAGGCAGAGGGCCCAGAUGUUGAUAUAACCCUACCAAAAGGUGACUUUGAUGUUAAAGGCCCUAAGAUUGACCUUAAAGGCCCAGAUAUGGAUGUUGAAGGACCAGAAGGAAACAUCAAGGGUCCCAAAUUCAAAAUGCCCACCAUAUCUGGUCCAAAACUCUCUAUGCCUGAUCUGGAUUUCAACAUUAAAGGUCCUAAACUAAAAACUGAUGUAGACAUCUCAGGUCCCAAGAUUGAAGGCGACAUGCAAUUGCCCAAAGUUGACAUUGAGUGUCCAGAUGUUAACAUUGAGGGACCAAAGGGAGGGAUUAAAAUGCCCAAAAUGAAAAUGCCUUCAUUUGGAUUCAAGGGGCCAAAGGCAGAGGGCCCUGAUGUUGAUAUAACCCUACCAAAAGGUGACAUUGAUGUUAAAGGCCCUAAGAUAGACCUUAAAGGCCCAGAUAUAGAUUUUGAAGGACCAGAAGGAAACCUCAAGGGUCCCAAAUUCAAAAUGCCCACCAUAUCUGGUCCAAAACUCUCUAUGCCUGAUCUGGAUUUCAACAUUAAAGGUCCAAAACUAAAAACUGAUGUAGACGUCUCAGUUCCAAAGAUUGAAGGUGACAUUAAAUUGCCAGAAGUUGAUAUUGAUUGUCCAGAUGUUAACAUUGAGGGACCAAAGGGAGGGGUUAAAAUGCCCAAAAUUAAAAUGCCUUCAUUUGGAUUCAAGGGGCCAAAGGCAGAGGGCCCUGAAGUUGAUAUAACCCUACCAAAAGGUGACAUUGAUGUUAAAGGCCCUAAGAUUGACCUUAAAGGCCAAGAUAUGGAUGUUGAAGGACCAGAAGGAAAUAUCAAGGGUCCUAAAUUCAAAAUGCCCACCAUAUCUGGUCCAAAACUCUCUAUGCCUGAUCUGGAUUUCAACAUUAAAGGUCCAAAACUAAAAACCGAUGUAGACAUCUCAGGUCCCAAGAUUGAAGGCGACAUGCAAUUGCCGAAAGUUGAUAUUGAGUGUCCAGAUGUUAACAUUGAGGGACCAAAGGGAGGUGUUAAAAUGCCCAAAAUUAAAAUGCCUUCAUUUGGAUUCAAGGGGCCAAAGGCAGAGGGCCCAGAUGUUGAUAUAACCCUACCAAAAGGUGACUUUGAUGUUAAAGGCCCUAAGAUUGACCUUAAAGGCCCAGAUAUGGAUGUUGAAGGACCAGAAGGAAAUAUCAAGGGUCCCAAAUUCAAAAUGCCCACCAUAUCUGGUCCAAAACUCUCUAUGCCUGAUCUGGAUUUCAACAUUAAAGGUCCAAAACUAAAAACCGAUGUAGGCAUCUCAGGUCCCAAAAUUGAAGGCGACAUGCAAUUGCCGAAAGUUGACAUUGAGUGUCCAGAUGUUAACAUUGAGGGACCAAAGGGAGGGGUUAAAAUGCCCAAAAUGAAAAUGCCUUCAUUUGGAUUCAAGGGGCCAAAGGUGGAGGGCCCAGAUGUUGAUAUAACCCUACCAAAAGGUGACAUUGAUGUUAAAAGCCCUAAGAUUGACAUUAAAGGCCCAGAUAUGGAUGUUGAAGGACCAGAAGGAAACAUCAAGGGUCCCAAAUUCAAAAUGCCCACAAUAUCUGGUCCAAAACUCUCUAUGCCUGAUCUGGAUUUCAACAUUAAAGGUCCUAAACUAAAAACUGAUGUAGACAUCUCAGGUCCCAAGAUUGAAGGCGACAUGCAAUUGCCAAAAGUUGAUAUUGAGUGUCCAGAUGUUAACAUUGAGGGACCAAAGGGAGGGGUUAAAAUGCCCAAAAUGAAAAUGCCUUCAUUUGGAUUCAAGGGGCCAAAGGUGGAGGGCCCAGAUGUUGAUAUAACCCUACCAAAAGGUGACAUUGAUGUUAAAAGCCCUAAGAUUGACCUUAAAGGCCCAGAUAUGGAUGUUGAAGGACCAGAAGGAAAUAUCAAGGGUCCUAAAUUCAAAAUGCCCACAAUAUCUGGUCCAAAACUCUCUAUGCCUGAUCUGGAUUUCAACAUUAAAGGUCCAAAACUAAAAACCGAUGUAGACAUCUCAGGUCCCAAGAUUGAAGGCGACAUGCAAUUGCCGAAAGUUGAUAUUGAGUGUCCAGAUGUUAACAUUGAGGGACCAAAGGGAGGUGUUAAAAUGCCCAAAAUUAAAAUGCCUUCAUUUGGAUUCAAGGGGCCAAAGGCAGAGGGCCCAGAUGUUGAUAUAACCCUACCAAAAGGUGACUUUGAUGUUAAAGGCCCUAAGAUUGACCUUAAAGGCCCAGAUAUGGAUGUUGAAGGACCAGAAGGAAAUAUCAAGGGUCCCAAAUUCAAAAUGCCCACCAUAUCUGGUCCAAAACUCUCUAUGCCUGAUCUGGAUUUCAACAUUAAAGGUCCAAAACUAAAAACCGAUGUAGGCAUCUCAGGUCCCAAAAUUGAAGGCGACAUGCAAUUGCCGAAAGUUGACAUUGAGUGUCCAGAUGUUAACAUUGAGGGACCAAAGGGAGGGGUUAAAAUGCCCAAAAUGAAAAUGCCUUCAUUUGGAUUCAAGGGGCCAAAGGCAGAGGGCCCUGAAGUUGAUAUAACCCUACCAAAAGGUGACUUUGAUGUUAAAGGCCCUAAGAUUGACCUUAAAGGCCCAGAUAUGGAUGUUGAAGGACCAGAAGGAAAUAUCAAGGGUCCUAAAUUCAAAAUGCCCACCAUAUCUGGUCCAAAACUCUCUAUGCCUGAUCUGGAUUUCAACAUUAAAGGUCCAAAACUUAAAACUGAUGUAGACAUCUCAGGUCCAAAAAUUGAAGGCGACAUGCAACUGCCGAAAGUUGACAUUGAGUGUCCAGAUGUUAACAUUGAGGGACCAAAGGGAGGGGUAAAAAUGCCCAAAAUGAAAAUGCCUUCUUUUGGAUUCAAGGGGCCAAAGGUGGAGGGCCCUGAAGUUGAUAUAACCCUACCAAAAGGUGACAUUGAUGUUAAAGGCCCUAAGAUUGACCUUAAAGGCCCAGAUAUGGAUGUUGAAGGACCAGAAGGAAAUAUCAAGGGUCCCAAAUUCAAAAUGCCCACCAUAUCUGGUCCAAAACUCUCUAUGCCUGAUCUGGAUUUCAACAUUAAAGGUCCAAAACUUAAAACUGAUGUAGGCAUCUCAGGUCCCAAGAUUGAAGGCGACAUGCAAUUGCCGAAAGUUGACAUUGAGUGUCCAGAUGUUAACAUUGAGGGACCAAAGGGAGGGGUAAAAAUGCCCAAAAUGAAAAUGCCUUCUUUUGGAUUCAAGGGGCCAAAGGUGGAGGGCCCUGAAGUUGAUAUAACCCUACCAAAAGGUGACAUUGAUGUUAAAGGCCCUAAGAUAGACCUUAAAGGCCCAGAUAUGGAUGUUGAAGGACCAGAAGGAAAUAUCAAGGGUCCCAAAUUCAAAAUGCCCAACAUAUCUGGUCCAAAACUCUCUAUGCCUGAUCUGGAUUUCAACAUUAAAGGUCCAAAACUAAAAACCGAUGUAGACAUCUCAGGUCCCAAGAUUGAAGGUGACAUGCAAUUGCCGAAAGUUGAUAUUGAGUGUCCAGAUGUUAACAUCGAGGGACCAAAGGGUGGGGUUAAAAUGCCCAAAAUGAAAAUGCCUUCAUUUGGAUUCAAGGGGCCAAAGGCAGAGGGCCCAGAUGUUGAUAUAACCCUACCAAAAGGUGACAUUGAUGUUAAAGGCCCUAAGAUUGACCUUAAAGGCCCAGAUAUGGAUGUUGAAGGACCAGAAGGGACCAUCAAGAGUCCCAAAUUCAAAAUGCCCAAAAUUAAAAUGCCAUCCUUGGGAUUCAAAAGCCCAAAGGCAGAGAGCUCUGAUGUUGCUAUUACUCUACCAAAAGGUGACAUUGAUGUUAAAGGAGCUAAAAUUGACGUUACAUGCCCAGAUAUGGAUAUUGAAGGUCCAGAAGGAAACAUCAAGGGUCCCAAAUUCAAAAUGCCCUCAAUAUCUGGUCCAAAACUCUCUAUGCCUGAUGUGGAUUUCAACAUUAAAGGUCCUAAACUAAAAACCGAUGUAGACGUCUCAGUUCCAAAGAUUGAAGGCGACAUGCAAUUGCCAAAAGUUGACAUUGAGUGUCCAGAUGUUAACAUUGAGGGACCAAAAGGAGGGGUUAAAAUGCCCAAAAUUAAAAUGCCUUCAUUUGGAUUCAAGGGGCCAAAGGCGGAGGGCCCAGAUGUUGAUAUAACCCUACCACACGGUGACAUUGAUGUUAAAGGCCCUAAGAUAGACCUUAAAGGCCCAGAUAUGGAUGUUGAAGGACCGGAAGGAAACAUCAAAGGUCCCAAAUUCAAAAUGCCCACCAUAUCUGGUCCAAAACUCUCUAUGCCUGAUCUGGAUUUCAACAUUAAAGGUCCAAAACUAAAAACCGAUGUAGACAUCUCAGUUCCAAAGAUUGAAGGCGACAUGCAAUUGCCAAAAGUUGACAUUGAGUGUCCAGAUGUUAACGUUGAGGGACCAAAGGGAGGUGUUAAAAUGCCCAAAAUGAAAAUGCCUUCCUUUGGAUUCAAGGGGACAAACGUAGAGGGCCAUGGUGUUGAUAUAACCCUACCAAAAGGUGACAUUGAUGUUAAAGGCCCUAAGAUAAACCUUAAAGGCCCAGAUAUGGAUGUUGAAGGACCAGACGGAAACAUCAAGGGUCCCAAAUACACAAUGCCCACUUCAUCAGGCCCUAAGCUCUUUAUGCCAGACAUGGAUUUCAACAUUAAGGGUCCGAAACUAAAAUCCGAUAUCGACAUCUCAGGUCCAAAGAUUGAGGGUGACAUGAAACUGCCCAAAGGUGACUUUGAGGUUACAGAUAUUAAUGUCGAGGGACCAGAUGGAGGACUUCAUAUACCCCAAAUUAAAAUGCCAUCCUUUGGAUUCAAAGGCCCAAAGGCAGAGGGCUCUGAGGUUGAAAUUACUCUACCAAAAGGUGACAUUGAUGUUAAAGGCCCCAAGAUAGACAUUAAAGGCCCAGAUCUGCAUAUUGAAGGACCAGAAGGAAACAUCAAUGAUCCCAAAUUCAAAAUGCCCACUAUAUCUGGUCCAAAACUCUCGAUGCCUGAUGUGGAUUUCAACAUUAAAGGUCCUAAACUAAUGUCUGAUAUAGACAUCUCAGUUCCAAAGAUUGAAGGUGACAUCAAAUUUCCAAAAGUUGACAUUGAGUGUCCAGGUGUUAAAGCUGAGGGACCAGAGGGAGGAGUUAAUAUACCCCAAAUUAAAAUGCCAUCCUUUGGAUUCAAAGGCCCAACGGCAGAAGGCUCUGAUGUUGCUAUUACUCUACCAAAAGGUGGCAUUGAUGUUAAAGGCCCUAAGAUUGAUCUUAAAGGCCCAGAUAUGGAUGUUGAAGGACCAGAAGGAAACAUCAAGGGUCCCACAUUCAAAAUGCCAACCAUAUCUGGUCCAAAACUCUCUAUGCCUGAUGUGGAUUUCAACAUUAAAGAUCCUAAAGUAAAAACCGAUGUAGACUUUUCAGGUCCAAAGGUUGAAGAUGACAUGAAUGUACCAAAAGUUGACAUUGAGUGUCCAGAUUUUAACAUUGAGUGUCCUGGAGAUGGUUUGAAUAUGCCCAAAAUUAAAUUACCAUCCUUUGGAUCAAAGAGCUCCAAGGUGAAAUGUCCUGAUGCUGAUGUUAGUCUUUCCAAGGACAGUAAAAUCAGAGCUCCCAAAAUUGAUGUCAAGAUCCCACCUUUUGAAACUAAUAUUGAAAGCCCUCAUAUGGAUAUGAAGGGGAAGAAGGGGCAAUUUAAAUUGCCAAAGGUGAAAAGUAAAGUGAAAACUGACAUUGAUGUUGAUACUAAAACUGAUAAUAUGAAGUUAGAUACAGACUCACCUGACUUCCACCUUAAAGGACCCAAGGUAAAGAAGACAUUGUUUGGAAAAAUACAUUUUCCAGAUGUUGAAUUUGACAUUAAAUCCCCCAAAGAUAAAGGGGCUGGCUCAGUAAAUGUACUUUCAAAAUCAGCCGAUUUAGAUUUAUCACCUCCAAGACUUAUGGCAGAUAUUGAAGGUGUUGACAUUCAGACACCAUCUUUCAGCUCUAAGGGACCUGAUGUAAAAUCAAAAAAAGCCAAAGUCAAAGCUUCAGAUGUUAGUUUAGAAGGAUGUAGUUUAAAAGUUAAGGGAAUUUCUGAUUCAACUGGAGUGAAGAGCCAAGGCUUAAAAAUUACCUCUCAUGACAAAAAAAUCUCUGAAAUGUCUACUCCAGAGUUUAGUUUGAAGGGUAUUGAAAGAAAGGGAAGCUUUGAAGGUGCAAUUAAGUGUCAUACGAUUGAUAAAGAAGGUGUUAACAUUGUAGGAGAAAUUCAGGAUAUAGAACUGAAGAUUCCAAAUGAAAAGAUUAAAGUGUCCCAUGGAAGUGAUUCAGCUGAGAAAAGCAGAGAAUCUGGAGAGAGUACUAAUCUAACAACAUCUGGAUCAAUUGAACAUCCUGAGGGCAAUAUAACCUUUCCUAAGAUCAGGGUACCAAAGUUUGGAAUUGUUUUACCUAAGGUAGAUGGAAGGGAGAUGGGUACAGAUGUAGAUUCAGGAGAACUAACUGCUACUGGUAGUGUUAGUUCAGAAAGUCCACAGAUGCAGAGUCCUACUACUGCUUUGAAAAGCAGUGGUGGAAAAAUAAAAUUAAAAAAGCCACGAUUUUUUGGCAAGUCUAAAAUCAAGGGUGGAAGUUCAUCUGAUCUUACCCUUCAGGGACCUGAAAUUGAAAUCAUUGGUGAAGGGGGUUCUAAGGUGUGUAAAGGAUUAAGUAUGAGUUCUGGAGAAUUGGUAGAGGGUGGAUCUUCUGGAUUAAAAAUUUCACCAAAGAGUAAAUCAGCUUCACUUGAUCUUUAUAAAAAGUCUAGGCCUCGUUCUUCCUCAAUGAGCGAUGAAGGAGAACUUGCCUCUCCACUUUCUGUUGAAGGGCAUUUACAGACAGAGGGUGGUAAUAUUUCAAUGGAUGUUGGAGGGGGUAAGGCAACAGGCAAAAAAGGAAAGUUAAAGUUUGGCACAUUUGGCGGGUUUGGUUCAAAGUCCAAGGGUUCAUAUGAAGUGACACUUGGCGAUGAUAGUGAAGCAAGGGCUGAAGGAGCUAGUGGAACUUUUUCAUCAAAGAAGUCCAGAGUGUCAUCAUCGAGCAGUGAUAGUGGUUCAAAAAGUGGUUUUCGCUUCCCACAGGUUGAAAUAGCUGUUUCCCCCAAAAAAUAAUGCAUUGUGAUACCAUUAAGGGGCACUAAUAUUCUAGCCAUUCUCUGUGCUAUCUGCUGAUAUACAACUAUGCCUCCUUACACUACAAUGCACUUCCAUAAGUUUUGUUGCUAUGUUUUGCUGCAUUUCUCUUUUGAACCAUGAAUAAUCAGCCUUUCAUUUUGCUGGGGUAAAUGUCAAGUCUUAAAAUCACAAUUUAACUGUAAAUAAGAUAAAUCUGUAUUGUAAUUUUAAAUGUCAUUUGUAAAUAAAACACUAUUGGGCCUACUAUCACAAUUUAUAUUCAAGAUCAUGCCCAAUGGCUAGUGGAGAUGAAAUAUCUGCAUCUGGUUUUUAAAAAAAAUUAUGAUAUAUUUUUUUAAUGAUUAACCUUUAUUGGAAAGGGUUUAGCAUACAUCUGUCACAAAGAAUCCAUCUAUUGUUACAUAUAAGAAUAUAUUUGCAGUUGCAAUAAUUAAAGAUUUUAUAAUUUCCAUGCUCCAAUUAAUCAGUGCUGUAUAAUACAAAAAUGUAAGCCACAUAGCAUUCAAAUGUCAUCAUAUAUUUUAGGACUGUAAAAAUGUAAAUAAACUGCUGAUACAAUAUAUAGGAGGCAUGGCUUUGGUAUAUAUAAUCAGGAUGCAAUCUAUAUAAAAAUAAUCACUAAGUAUUUAUCUCAUUAAACUAUUAUACUGACAUAAAUUUUCUAACAACAAAUACUUUCUGCAUGUACAAUAAAAUCCAGAAAAUGGUCUAUCAACCUAAAUUGUUUGCCAUUUCACUAACAUAAUCUUCUCCAUCUCACUCACAUUAAUUUUUACACAGAACAGGGCAACCCUUAUGUGGGAUGUUAUACAUUUCUAAGUUGUUUCUUACUUUCAUUUUCUGUGUUAGCUGCAAAAAAAUUCAAUAAAGUGUUCAAUACUUA